GUCAGGGUUGUGGUGUGGUCUCUAAAAUGCUUCGCUACUUCGUCGUUUUCAGUUUAAUUUUUUACUCAGCAGCAUAUGGAUGUCCAUUCCGAGAGGAUGUCACACCUUGUGUUUGCAAAAUUAAUGGAUCUAUGAGUCUCCAUUGCCCAGGGAUUAAUACAGAACAGGAUUUAGUGAGGAUUGCAAGAUUAGUCAGACGCAGAACGGAUCUAUACAGUAUAGAAAUCGCUGAUUCCGCUAUCAAUUACAUACCCCAAGAUACGUUUACAGACAUCUUUGUUAAAGGCAUCGUGAUUAGUAGAUCAUCAUUUUAUUCCCUCAGUGACACGGAUAUAGCUUUCGAUGGGUUACAGCAAUACAUAAAUUUUUUAUACAUAAUCAACAGCACCAUGUUAGGCAACUGGGAGUGGGCACAGUUAAGAAAACUAAAUCACCUUACCAGCUUGAAGAUCAAUGGAGCAAAUUUAGAGUCUAUUGAAGAAAACAUUAAAGAUAUAGCUCAUUUAGAUUUGCUCGGCCUUCAUUUGGCGAAAAAUAGGAUAUCUUUUAUUCAUGCUACAGCGUUUAGUGACUUUCAUCGCCUGCAUCUUUUGGAUUUGUCUUACAACCAGAUAUCGGAUAUCAAAAGAGACAUGUUUCCAAAUCCUGCAAACAGACUGUAUGAAAUAAAUUUGAGUUUCAAUCAAAUCCAAGAACUUCCGGACAAUAUGUUUACAGACAUGCCAAAUUUGAAACGUGUUUUGCUAAAAAGUAAUCUCAUUCUAACUCUAAAAGAAGAAGUCUUUUCCAACAUCUGGGAUAAACUGGAACGAUUUGAUUCUUCUCUAAAUGAUCUGAGAUGUGAUUGCAGACUUUCUUGGAUGCUUAAUAAGCCGCAACCACGGGUUCUGAUAGGAACAUGCGCCGAGCCACCAGGAUUGUUUGGAGAAAGCUUGAAGAUGUUGGGUGCCAAAGAUCUUAGGUGCUAAUAAAGGCAUAAUCAGCAUGAUACACGAAUUGUGCUUCUGAUUCUUAGCUUAAAAUGUAUUUGAGUUUCCCAGGAGGACAUAGUUGAGGUUUUUAAAUAGCAUGAAAAUAUGUUUUUAAAUGUGCUUAUUAAAAAUAGAAACAUAAAAAUCUAAGUUAUGGUCAUUCUUAUGCGGAAGUUUGUUUUUAUAAGCAUUCGCUGUUGUUGUCGGUACUUAUCCUAAUUGAUUUAGCCACUUACAGCCUAAUGAGCCUAAAUGAGCUCGAAGACGUUCAUAAAAUUCAAAUCAAGAAAUCGCCCUUUGUCUCAAAUCUUCUUUAUCGAGUCCUUGGCAGUAGAGAAGAUGAUCAGGAGUCAUUCCCCAGGAUUUGCAUUCCUUACAUAUGAUGGGGAUUACAGGGCCGCGAGUGUCGAGGCGGGUCCCUUGUCAGUUAGGUCAUCGAACCCUCCUACCCCUUAAAACUUAACAAAAGUAAAAAACACUUUAUUGGACACAUCAAAAACAGUAUUUUCAUAGCUUUCCAAACGAAAAUGUUUUAAUUGUCAUUGCACGUAUUUGUUGUUAUACGUAAUGUACUUAUACUGCUGUUGAUAUGUUCAAUAAAGUGUUUUUUCUUGCACCGGAAGUGACGUUUUACUUUGAUUUUCGUAUUUUUUCUCGUAAACUAUAGAUCGUACAGAAACGCUUCUUUUGGCAGUUGUAAUGUACUCCCAAAGAAAAAUCUUGCUGUGCAAAGUUUAUGCGAUCGUUUUGGAACACCCUGUAUCUUAAAAAAAACCUUCAAAAAAUAU